CUCUUUAAGACCUGACAUAUCGUUCAAAUUCGAUUUCAGUAUGGUCAACUUGUUCAAACUUAACAACACUCAGCGACGUUUUUUCACCUGCUGUGGAAAGCUGCAUGUAAAACUAGCAUUUGGCAUAAUAAUUCUAUUGACGGUUUUUGCUGAAACAGUAGAAACAUUUCAUUAUAUAAAAGGCACCAUCAAAACAUCUUCUUUCAUCACUUAUACACUAGAGAUAUGGGAAUAUAUCGUGACGGUUACGAUGGUAUUAGCGUUUAUACAAGAAAGUACUUUGCUGAUGCUUCCCUACAUUGUUCAAAUGUUUGUAGUGGUCACCUUGAUGUUCAUGUUCCUAUGCCAUAUAAUAUUCUGUAUAUUUGCACCAUAUUCAUCUACAGCUGAGCAGAUGUUUGUGGAGUUUGAGAAAGCGCAUUACUCGCUUGCGGACAGGGAAGUACAUUUGAUUAUUGCUGUGAUUAUUGCUGGAGGCUUCACAUUUGUUGGUGCUUGGUUCCUAGUCAUAGCACUGUCCACUUAUCAGUAUUUUGACUUCAUGAACAUGAAGAGGACGAGGAAGUCUGCACGACAUGAGCAACUCCCUGUUCUUGUACAGCCUAGCCCUAGCGACGUCCAGCCUCCGCCACCACCGACGCCAGCUCCUUCGUUUCCGAAUCCAAAUUUUGCAGGCAAUUCUGACGAUGAAGAUGAGGUCUUUGAAAAGUCUCCAUAUCUAAAAAAAGAAAUGGUGUGAAACAAUCAUUGGUAACUCAGGCUAUGUAUGUACAUGGGUUUUAGAAAUAGACUUUUUCAAAGCGGUUGCAGUAUUGUUACUGGCUCUGGUUCUCAGAUGUUCAAGUGAAAUACAAAC